AGGCGAGAUAUGGCGAGGGCGAAGAGGAGAUUCGCUGGAUUGGGGCCGCCGGCUCCAACCAUGGCGUCCAACGAAGAGGAGGCAGAGCUAGAGUCAAGCAUCACCGGUGGGGAUUGCUCGCCAAAGAGGAAAGGAGCGACGAAUCUAAGGGGUCCGCCGGAGAUGGAAUCGAAGAAGACGAGCGACUAUUUCGGCGGGACUCCAACUGACGAGAAGGAGGUGCUGAAAAUGAUGGUGGGGUCGUACUGUCCUGAUCGUCGGAGGAGGAAUCAUUCGUCGGAGGAGCCAGAAGCGCCGUGGAAGAAGGCGGAGAAGUGCAGCGCGCGGGAGGAGGACGCGCGAUUGACGGUGGCGGCUUCGGUGAUUGAGGAUGCGUCGUCAAGAACGAACAACGCGGCUUCAGUGAAUGACCUAACGCGGGAGCAAGACGCGAAGUCAGAAAUGCGACUUGAGGAGCUCGGAUUGCCGUGCCAUCGGCUUGGCGAGUCUUUGAUGGAAGUCGAGCCGCCGCAGGUGUACGAGGCGGAGUGAAAGACAGCGGUCGCGUUGGGUGGUUCGCCGGUGAGAGAGGAGAAGCCGGACCGGGAGAACAGCGGCGGAUUAGCGCCUCCAGUAACCCUAGGUCGCACCUCCAAGCGGCCAGAACAAAUGAGCCGAGAGGUGGUUCGGGUCGCUGGGUUGGUUGGGCCAAGGUGUUUAGGCCGCAGACUGGAAAAAGAAAGGAGACCGGCUGGGUUCAUCUUGGGCCGGAUCACUUGGGUCAUUGGUCUAGUUGAGUUAGAAGAAAGCAUGUCGAGUCAA